AUGGCACAACUAACCGAUAAAGUGUUUAUCCAGGACCUAGCUGUCACCGCAGUGACCGGACGCGAUGCCUGGAGCAAACCGAGUCCGCAACCAAUCACGAUUUCUGUCAGCUUGCAAACCGAUUUUCACCAAGCAUCGGUUACUGAUAACCUCAAAUAUUCGCUCAAUUAUGCCGUGAUAUCCCGCAAUAUUCUGGAGUACAUGAAACUGCAAGAACAUCGCAAUUUUGGAUCGUUGGGAAACAUCGCUGAAAACGUCGCAGUUACUGUUCUCGAUCCCAAGAAGCACGGAGGAGAGCACGCGAGCGUGGUGGUGAAAAGCACCAAGUCUGAGAUCAGGGCGAGCAGCAUUGAGUACACUGUGGCACGAAGUCGUGGUUUGGGCGCUGUGGUGGACGAUCAUAUUCGAAUCAAUGGGCUUCGAUUAUUGACGAUUAUUGGAGUUUUCACGUUUGAAAGGGAACAGAGACAGAUCGUGGACAUUGACAUUGACUUGAAAGUGGUUCCUGGCUCCGAAACUUCAGUGCAUCAAAUCGUAGACGACGUUGUGCGGUAUGUUGAAACGUCCAAUUUCAAAACCGUGGAAGCUUUGGUGAUGAAAAUUGGUCAAUUGAUAUUCCAAUUCCACUCUACUGGUGUCAAAGAUGUUUCUGUGAAAGUCACAAAGCCAAAUGCCAUCACUUUUACCGAAGGUGUGGGUGUUGUCUCAGACAUGACAAUUGACAGUUUCAAGAACGUUCAGCCGCUCGAAUUCAAAAACAAGCUUCUGCACUCGGGGUUCGACUUGCCCACUUCCGAAGAAGAAGCCCGGUUUACCGAGGGAACACACGUAGCAUAUAUUGCUUUUGGGUCCAAUGUGGGAGACCAAUUGCUGAAUAUCACCGAGGCAUUGAAAUUACUUGAACAAAAGGGAGUUCAUGUUGAGUCGACGUCUUCGCUAUAUGUUUCCAAACCCAUGUACCACAAGGACCAGGCGGAAUUUUUCAAUGGAGUUAUCAAGGUGAAUGUGAAACACAGUCCUCAGGAACUCUUGGCGGUGUUGAAAGAAGUUGAAUAUCAGCACCUUCAAAGAGUGAAAGAAUUCGAUAACGGUCCUCGGUCCAUUGAUUUGGAUAUCAUUCUCUACGACGAGAUCAGCAUGAAUACCCCAGAACUCACGAUUCCUCAUAAGGCCAUGUUGGAACGAACGUUCGUUUUACAGCCGCUCUGCGAAGUAUUGGGUCCGGAAUACGUGCACCCAGUGAGUGCUGAGCCGGUCCAUGACCAUUUGAACCAACUUUUAAAGACCCAACCGGACAGUAAUUUACAAGAAUCCUCGGCAUUGCUUCUGAUGACACCAGUUAGCCGGUUAAAAAGGCCUAUACUUCAGUAUGAUAUGCAGAAUGGGUCGCAAAAGACCCUAAUUAUGGGCAUAAUGAACACCACUCCAGACUCGUUCAGUGAUGGUGGAGCCAACUAUCGGUUGCUGGAGGAGGAUGUCCAGCAAAAAGUACUUCGAUUAAUCGAAGAUGGAGCAGAUAUAAUUGAUAUUGGAGGAGUAUCAACUCGACCAGGAAGCGCUGCGCCAGAUAUCGACGAAGAAUUGGCACGAGUGGUUCCUGUGGUGGAAGCUAUUCGUAAGUGCAAGAAUGAAAAGGUUGCAAAUGUGUUGGUUUCUAUCGAUACGUAUCGGGCCAAAGUGGCCGAAAAGUGCUUGGAAGCCGGGGCAGAUAUCAUCAAUGAUAUCAGUAUGGGUCUUUAUGAUGAAACCAUUUUCGACAUAGUUGCCAAGUUUGGGUGUCCAUACAUCGUCAACCAUACUAGGGGGACCCCAGAAACCAUGUCCAAGCUCACCAAUUACGAGUCCAAUACCAAUGAGGAUAUCAUCGAGUACUCGGUAACUGAUGCUAUUUCCGGCCCAGAAACCGUCAAUCUUCUCAACGGCGUAUGCCGAGAGCUCUCGUCUCAGAUCCUCAAAGCGUUCACUCGUGGGGUCCGCAAAUGGCAGAUAAUCGUCGAUCCAGGAAUCGGGUUUGCAAAAAACAUGCUGCAAAAUCUCGCUAUUCUUAGCCAUACCAACAUUUUGAAAAAUUAUUCCGUGGAAAACCGGGCUGCCGGCUCGUACUUUGCAUUGACCGGCCUCCCGAUUCUCAUUGGUGCUUCCAGAAAACGUUUUUUGGGAACUUUGAUCGACGAACCAGUGGCUGCAAAUCGAGCUUUUGCAACCGGAGCCACUGUUACUGCUUCUGUGCAACAAGGAGCACACAUAGUCCGUGUGCACGACGUGAAGCCAAUGGCUGAGGUGGCCAGGGUUGCAGACGCCAUCUAUAGAAACAUAUGA